AUGGCGGCGGCAAUAUCCUCUUCACCCGAGCUAGCCUGGACGGAUUACCUGACCAUUGCCAUUUACUUUGUUGUUGUUUUAAUUGUCGGACUUUGGGCCACUUUUCGUCCCAACAGGGAUAGCUCUGAGGGAUACUUCCUGGCUGGAAAGGACAUGUCAUGGUUUCCCGUUGGAGCCUCGCUCUUCUCAACAAACUGCGGUGCUCAGAUGUUUAUUGGGAUGGCCGGUUCUGCUGCAGCUUCCGGUCUAAGCGUUGCCGUCUACGAACUCCACGCAGGUAUGAGUUUUAAUGAUGAAAGUUUGAAAUUCUGGGUGAGAGGACACAGGGAGACAGGUGGUGAUGAGGCUGCAAGUGACGUCGCCAUGGCGUUGCUAGGCACCCCUCCCUGCUGCUGGCAGAGAAAGGCGUUCACUGUCCCACAGUACGUCCGACGUAGGUUCCGGAGUAGGAGGUUGCAGGCGUCCCUGGCGUCCGUGAUGCUGUGUGUCUAUAUCUCCAAUCUGAUUGCUUCACAGAUAUUCACAGGUACCCUAAUCAUGCGCCACGUCCUAGGCUGGAACACCUAUUUGUCAGUAUUUGCAAUUCUCGCAGUAACAACUGUCUACACAAUUGUAGGUGGCUUAGCCGCUGUCAUGUACACAGAUGCUCUCCAAACCUUCAUCUAUAUGACUGGGGCUCUCGUCGUUCUGUUCAGAAGUUUAGACGAGAUUGGCGGCUGGGAGAACCUCAUGAGGAAGUACGCCGUGGCGGUAUCCAACCUUACCACUCAGGACCCCCAGAGGUACGGAUGUGGACUUCCACCAGAGAGAGCCUUCCACAUCUGGAGGCCCCUGACAGAUAGCCAGACCCCAUGGACGGGAGCUGUCACCGGUCUAACACUCAUGGGCAUGAACUACUGGUGCUUUGAUCAGGUGGAAGUGCAAAGAGGUUUAGCCGCUAAAAACGUGACUCACGUGAAAGCUGGGGCGUUGCUGUGUGGUGCCUUAAAGGUGAUAGCUGCCUUCUUUUUCAUCAUCCCAGGAAUGGUGAGCAGAGCUAUUUACCCAGAAAAGGUGGCCUGUUCCGAUCCCGAGGUUUGCAAUAAGAUCUGUCAGAAUCCCUCAGGCUGCUGGAACAUCGCCUACCCUCUGCUAAUCGUUAAUCUCCUCCCGUCAGGACUUCAAGGUCUAAUGCUUGCUGCAAUCUUGGCCGCUCUUAUGAGCACUCUGACGUCAGUCUUUAACAGCGCAAGUGCACUAUUCACCAUAGACAUUUGGAAGAACAUCCGGCCUCGUUCAACGGAGAAGGAAUCCAUAAUGGUGAGCCGGACAUGCGUACUUGUGAUGAUGGCGCUGAGUAUCCUGUGGUUGCCCGUGUUAGAAUUAUCCCCGGGGGGCCAGCUGUGGGAUACUAUCCAGAGAGUAGCGGCUUACUGCAGCACCCCCAGUGCCGUUGUCCUUCUGUUUGCCCUUUUUUGGAAACGCACCUCAGAAGCUGGAGCUUUCUGGGGUCUGUUAGGUGGAUUGCUGAUUGGCAUAUCCCGACUGUCUCUGGAUUGGGUAUACCCUCAACCUGUCUGCGGCUCUGGGGUAGAGGACACGAGACCGGCUCUGUUAGCCAAGGUCAACUAUCUGCAUUUCGCAGCCAUCAUCGGUAUUAUCACCUCAGCUGUAAUUGUCGUCGUCAGCUUAGGGACGUCACCUAUUCCCAAACACCAACUGCACCGAGUGACUUGGUGGACAUGCAGAAGUAUUCAACUCCCGGACUUCUCAGACAUCGAGAACCCCCCUCUUGAGCCCCCUCUUGAACCCCAGACAGGGUCACAGAUACAGGGGAAGAAGAAACUCACAACGUUGGAUAAAUUGAAUGAGAUUUUGUUUGUGUGGAUCUGUGGGUUGACCGACAGCCCAAAGCCAGAAAUGAGUAAAGAGGAAAAGGACAAGAUUAUGAAGAAGCAGACUUCAAUCAAAGACGUGCGCCGGUGGAAGACUGUCGUGGACGUUGUAGCUGUGGCUCUCUCAGUGAUAACUACCGCUAUAUUUGGCUUCUUUGCGUAAUACCAUUGUGAAAAUUAAUUGUCCAAGCAACAAAGCUAAUGAGAAUGCCAAUACUGUACAAGUGGAUUCAUUGACGAAAUCCACUCGUGAUUUUGGUAACAUUGUUGUCUUUUGAAUUUGGCAUCUUUGCUUAAUUGUCUUACACCCAUAAGUUAUGCGUUAAAGACCAACCAUUAAUUUAUCAAUUAAUUGAUUGAUUUGAUUAAUGACGCACUCAAGAAUAUUUCACUUAUACGACGGCGGCCAGCAUUAUGGUGGAAGGAAACCGGGUAGAGCCUUGGGGAAACCAACGACCAUCCUCAGGUUGCGUUAAAGACCAAUCAAUCAAUCAAUUAUGCAACCAGUGUUUGCAUAAUACCGCUGUUACGGUCACCCGUCGAAGCAAAAGAAUUGCUUAGUCACAUCUUAAAACAGUACUUGUGGACUUUUCAUAACACUACUGUUGUCUUUCGUAAGGAGCCAUAAGGGUGACCUUGUGAAAAAAAAUUUUGGAAGAGAAAAAAAAAAUUACACGUUGAAAGAAAAAAUUUUAUCGGAAGAGAAAUUUGUUGUUGACCCACGACUUUGAAAGUCGGGGCCCCGAGUUUAAAUUCCGACUGGAAUUAUUAUUAAUAAAGUAAACAAUCAACGAAAUAAUACGAUAAGUUUAAAACCACAAGAGAUCAGGUGCAUGUAUUCGAAUAGUGUAUUUUGUAUUUUAUUUAUAUUUAGUCCGUAUAUGUCUCUUUAAAUCUGUUUAUUAAUUAGCUGCCUCGGUGAUAUAGGGAAAUGCAUUGCCCGCCUGAAACAAGUCGGUCAAAAGUGAUGUACUCUUUUAUUCACAAGCACUGAGCAUGAUAGAAGUUCACAAGCACUAAGUGUGGCAGAAGUUCACAAGCACUGAGCUUGGCAGAAGUUCACAAGCACUGAGCGCGGCGGAAGUUCACACGCACUGAGCUUGGUAGAAGUUCACAAGCACUGAGCGUGGAAAAAGUUCACAAGCACUGAGCGUGGCAGAAGUUCACAAGCACUGAGCUUGGCAGAAGUUCACAAGCACCGAGCUUGGCAACUGAGAAUAUGUAUUAUUAGGGGAAUGGAAUUUACCUUUGUAUGUGAUCAUGCCCAUUGUGAUCCUUGAACUUGAUUUAAAAUACAAGUUUUAUUUCAUGGGAAGACCCUAGUCAAAACAUGUACUUAUCAGUGAGAGAGGCUCAUCUGUGGCUGCCAUAUUGGCUGUUUGAUGGCAAAAGACCUGUGAUUGGCCAAUUAAAUCGGGGCCCCGACUUGUAAACUCGGGGCCAUGACUCCAAAAGUCGGAGUUUAAAAAAAUUUUUCUCUUCCCCCAAAUUUGUUUUCACCAGGUCAUUUUCUUUUUAUCUUCAAAAAUUUAUUUUCACCACGUCAUUUUUACGGCUCCAUACUUUUGUGCGUAAAAAUGUGUUUUAUCCUUUGCUAGGCUUGUAAUAAAACUGGACAUAGCUAAACAAGUUGUCGCUUAUUUUGCAUUCUGUUA